CCAGACCUCACCUCGCCAGUCGCCACCAUCGCACGCCACACUCCAUCGUCCGACUCCUCCCUGCCCAAACCCCGUGCCACUUUCCCCAUCCGCACCGCCACCGCCACCACCGCCCAGGCGCGAUGCUUCCCUAUUCCGGCGACCACCGGCGCUCCCCGCCGCUGCCGCGCGCGGCCUUCUCCUCCUCGCUCUCCCCCUCCGCCGCGCCCUUCCCCGCCGCCGAUCCGGUGGGCCCCGGCCGUGAUCUGCCCACCGCCCCGUCCGUCUACGCCGCGGGCGGGGACUGGGGCGGCGUGUCGUGGAUGGAGCCUCCCGCGAGCUACAUGGCUCCCGUCGCCGCCCCCGCCGCCACGCCGCCGGGGUAUAAAGGUGAGGCUUCGCAGAGCAGUCCCUAUGGCAUGUACGCAAGGAACCACUUCAGUAACUUUGCGGGUGUACGUUCCCUGAGGUCAGAGAGCUCAAAUUCAGUAAGUGAGAAGCAGCCAGGAACCUGCCCAGAAAGUUCAGAGGCUCUCAGUAAUGAUUUUGGAUCAUCAGUGUUUCAUCAGCAACAGAAUGCCUUUGUGAGUAAACUGCUUGAUCAUUCAGUUGCCGAAGACACAAGUUAUCCCCCGCGACAAGAUUUCAUUCAAUAUCCUUUUGGUUCUACGUAUGACAAAUACAUGACACAGCUUUCGGCAUGUUCAACAGAUGCAGGACCUCACAUCUUUCCUACACGAUAUGUUGAUUCAUCUGAAAUGGCCAAAACAGCAGUUCCAUUGAUGAAUGACACUAUUGGGGAAAAUUCCUUCUCCUUUUCUUCAUAUAUGAAUCCUUGUAGAAUCAAUCUUGAUUAUUUUGAUUGUGUGUGGAAUGAACAAAAGGAUCUUGGAUAUCAAACUGCUGAUAAGCAGCAUGGAAAAUGGAGCAACUCUAACGAUAUGGCAACAGUGGGUAGCUAUCCCCUCAAUUCUCUUGGAGAGAACCAUGUUGGUUCUGAGCAUUCAGGGAAUGGGAUACCUAUGCAAGAGUCUACUGAAAUGAAACAUGAUUUGGGAAGUUUCAAUUCCAAGCUUUCUUCACCUGAGGUUGGGAUUGUUCAGCCUCGUGAUUUUUCAUCUGAGUUGCUUGAGGUUAAUAACACCAGUGUUGAUUCGCCUUGUUGGAAGGGCACACCAGCCUCAUACCAGCCUUCAUUUGGUAUCAUGGAAAAUAAUGAUGCCCAUCAUAAUGUGAUACGAACAAUAGGUUACAUCAGUUCACAUCAGAGCCAGAAGAUCCCUGAGUUGAGUUCUGAGUAUCCAGGGCGAUUCCCUGAACGCCAGGAAGCAUCAGGUUCCGAGAAUGAUCCUUAUAAGGUGUUCAAGUUGCCUGCAAGAUGUAAAAACACCGAAGAUCAUAAAGAAGUACCACCGGUCAAUAUCGAGGUCCAUAAUGACAUGGCUACUCAUGCUAGUAAUCUGGCUUACAAGGAACCUUCCAGAACACAGAAAUGCUACGAUUCUAGAGAAGAUUCUAAGAAUGUGAUACCUUUGAGUCAACAGGAAAGUGCUUGUUCUGGCAGCAAACCCAAAAUUCUGGAUGAACAUGGUGGCAAACAUACAGCAAGCAUAAAUGAAGUGAUGAGUAAAACUGUGUUAAAUCCUGUUGCUAUUACUCCUAGAGUUGAUGCUGAUCAUUUAACAACUGGAAGCACACAUGGAAAUAGUUGUUCUGCAUCAUUGGAGAAAGAAGGAAGCACACAGAAAAGAGGUGAAGACCCUUCUCAGUGUUAUCCAUGUGUUGAGGGGAAUGUGCUGAAUGUGGCUUGUGACUCCAGCUCUAGCACUCGGGCAAUAUUUCUGAAACUAAUGCACAAUUUGUCGGUAGUGCUUCUAUCGACCUGCAAGGGUGGUUCUUCUUUACAGGAAGAUGAAGAAGAACUUCUGCAGUCAGUGAUUCAAAAUCUUACAGCUGCCAGUUCAAAAAGAAGCAAGGUUGAACAAAAAAAUGAUGAUGGCUUGAGCAAUUCCAGUCUAAUGAAAUUCAAAAAUAUUAAUUGCGCGACGAACAACUUUUGGAUGGCAAUGCAUGCACAGUUGGCACAGGAGAAUUCUGAUUCAGAAUUUAAGACCACUGUUUCACAGGUUCUUACUAGUCACAUGGAUGAUAAGAUGCCUGACGACACUGAAGUUUCUCAGGCUUCAAUCUACAAAAACUUGUGGGUUGAAGCAGAAGCUUCAGCAUGUAAACUCAAAUAUGAGCUUCAACAUGCUCGUAUGAAGCUCGCGACAGCAAAAAGCCACAACAGCACACUAAAAGCUCCUGACUCAUCAGAAAGCAACAAAGGCUCUAGCUCAUCCUUAUCCAGUAGCAAACCACAAAACCAUGGGAAAGAAAGCAUUACAUGCACUGCGGCUUUGCAGGGCCAGGGAGGAGAUUCUGGUGACAGGCAAUCUCCUGUUGUAAAUAGGAGCAUUUUCAAUGGUGUUGACGCUGAUGUGUUAGCCCGGUUUAAAGUUUUGCAGUCCCGAAUUGAUAAUCUUAGUUCCUUUGGUGAGAUUGACUGUGAGGGACAGCAAGAAGCAAGCAAGAAAUCGUAUGCGGUUGAAGAUGCUGUGUUGGCUAGACUGAAAGUUUUGAAGUCCCGUCCAGACACUUUAACCUCUUCAAGUCAGGAAAGCAUCAAACACCAGCUAGAUGCAAGCACAAACAGAGCAGAUAAUGCUGAUGACGCUGUUAUGGCUAGGCUGAGAAUUUUGGAGUCGCAUCUGGUCCAUGGAAGCAGCAAGCAACAACUCGAUGAAAGCACAAAUAGAGAAGGUGGGGUUGAUGAUGCUGUUUUGGCUAGGCUGAGAAUUUUGAAGUCCCGACCUGAUAAUAUAACCUCAGUGGGUGGCGCCAUCAAGGAGCAGGAAGAAGCAUGUAGUGAUCGAUUGAAUGGGGAUGACCUUAAUACCAUGGCCAAUGGGGGCAUUACCAACGCUGAAGUAUCCGCUGAGCACAUAUGGAAGUUUAUGCAGUCUGAUGAUUUGGCAGAUCACUUGGGAGGAAAAGAUUCAGUUGGUGGCAUAGGCACAUUUGGCGAUGGAGCCUGUUCUGGGGAGAACAACGAGACAGGUGGUUCUGCAGAUGCAUCUACCCCCAAGAGGUGCAAAGCUACAUCUGAUGAAGUGAACAUUGAAGGGGCGUUACACGGUGAAAACCACCUGUCGGUUGAAACGGCAGGGCCUUCUCAUGUUUGCACAGAAGGGUCUCAUGAAGCGCACCUAAUCGCGUCUCCAGUUCACCAGUAUGGCAGUACACCGUCAGAAUGGGAGCAUGUGCUGAAGGAGAACUUCUUCCAUCCAGGCAAAUAGGCUGCAGAAGCAAACCAUGAACUGAAAAGCUAUCGUUUGAGCUCAUGUUACCUCAAAAUGCUGAUGCUUCUUGUAAAUAUGCUAUUAUAUACCCUCGCUUUCUUACCUUUUCUGUAUGUCUAAUAAUCUGCAUAAUCGGUGAUAUGUAAACCCACCGUCUGGUGUAUCUGCGUGGAUGUAUCCCAAAGUUAACUUAAAGUGAUACUUAUAUGUGCUGGAGUUGACAUGGAUUAUUGUAUAUAUUACUUGCAGCAAAUGUGGAUGUUACGAUUGAUUUCUUGUAUUCA